CUCCCGCCCAGUUUGCCCACAGCUGCAGUCGUCCAUAUAUCCAAUGUCUGCGUGCCGGUUUCCCGGAGUUUCAAGCAUUGUUCUCUCAACCCAGACAUUUUUGUCUGACAAGCACCACACACAACAACAGGGGCCACUCUGAGCAGGAUCUACCUACACUACCAGCUGCUAGCUCACCGGGACUUACUUCACACUACCACCGGCAGACAACCUGACCCUCGGGACCCGCAGCUCACCCUGCACGGCACGUCGCCUUGGACGAAGCCACACAUCACACAGCAUGGCGUCCAACAGUCUUGCGCCGCCGGCCCUCACUGGCGAUAGGCGGAAUCGGUCUGGGAGUGAGAGCACAGAGACCAGGCAUCUGACCUCAUCAGCUGGUUCUUUUGCUUCUGGAUCGCAUCUCACCGUCGAUACCCAGACUAGAGGCCGGAGCGACACGGCUGCCUCCAAUGCUUCAUUCGUCUCCAACGUCUCAAACCCGUUCCUGACGCCAGCACAGUCGGAAUGUGGUGCCAGCUUCGUCACCGUCGACCCGGAGACAGCACUCAAGCCAGACCCUGGCACCGAGGGCGAUUUCCAGGUGGACAACAACCCCUUCGCAUUCACCCCCGGGCACCUCAACAAACUGCUCAACCCCAAGUCGCUGGCAGCGUUCAAAGCUCUUGGCGGACUGGAGGGCAUCGAGAGAGGCCUGCAGGCAAAUACCAAAACGGGUCUCAGCGUCGACGAGACAGCCGUCAGGUCCAAUGUCAGCUUCGAACAGGCCACUCGCGUCAAUUCGGACAAGUUCCCAGCUGCUUCGGAGAGGUUAGGCGGAAACGCCUCUGAGCCAUUUGCUGACCGUAUAAGAGUAUACGGCAAGAAUGUCCUCCCCGCCAAAAAGGCAACCUCCUUCUGGCGGCUCGCCUGGACUGCCUACAACGACAACGUCAUUAUUCUCCUGACUGUUGCUGCCGUCAUUUCUCUUGCCCUUGGCAUCUACGAAGCUGUCGGUGUUGAGCAUCCCGACGGCAAGCCCGCCCUGGACUGGAUUGAAGGUGUCGCCAUCUGCGCGGCUAUUAUUAUUGUGACACUCGUCGGCUCUCUCAACGACUGGCAGAAGGAGAGGGCUUUUGUCAAGCUCAACGCGAAGAAGGAGGACCGCGAGGUCAAGGUGUUCCGUUCUGGCAAGUCGUACAUGAUCAGCGUCCACGACGUUCUCGUCGGUGACGUCCUGCACUUGGAGCCCGGCGACCUUGUCCCGGUGGACGGCAUUUUUAUCGAGGGCCACGACCUAAAGUGUGACGAGUCUUCAGCAACCGGCGAAUCUGAUGCGCUCAAGAAGACGUCUGGCUAUGAAGUCAUGAAGCAGCUCGAAGCUGGCGCAAACCCGAAGAACCUGGAUCCAUUUAUCAUCUCCGGCGCGAAGGUGCUCGAGGGUAUGGGCACAUUUAUGGUGACCUCGGUUGGUGUCAACUCUAGCUUCGGAAAGAUCAUGAUGUCGGUUCGUACGGAGAUUGAGGCUACACCUCUGCAGAAGAAGCUGGAGGGCCUGGCUGUCGCGAUCGCCAAGAUCGGUGGUAGCUCUGCUGCUCUCCUAUUCUUUGUUCUCCUCUUCCGCUUCGUUGCUGGUCUUUCGCAGAACACGGCUACUGCGGCUGUCAAGGCCUCCCAGUUUAUGGACAUUCUCAUUGUCGCCAUCACCAUCAUUGUCGUGGCCGUUCCGGAGGGCUUGCCCCUGGCCGUCACUCUUGCUCUAGCUAUCGCAACGAAGCGCAUGCUCAAAGAGAACAACCUCGUACGCGUUCUGCGCGCGUGUGAGACCAUGGGCAAUGCUACUACUAUCUGCUCGGACAAGACCGGUACUUUGACUACGAACAAGAUGACGGUUGUUGCAGGCACUUUCGGCAACACCAGCUUUGGCCAGAACUCAGAGACCGAGAAGAACCAAUCGACCCCUGCGCAGUGGGCUUCUGGUCUCCCGCAGAUCACCAAGGACGCCAUUGUCCAGUCGGUUGCGAUCAAUUCCACUGCCUUCGAGGGUGUUGAGAACGGCCAGUUUGCGUUCAUUGGUUCCAAGACAGAGACUGCUCUUCUCAGUCUCGUCCGUGACCACCUUGGCAUGCAGUCGCUCCCCGAAGCCCGCGCCAACGAGCAAACUGUUCAAAUGUUCCCCUUCGACUCCGGUAAGAAAUGCAUGGGUGCUGUCAUCAAGCUCCGCGACGGUUCUGGCCACAGGCUUCUUGUCAAGGGCGCUUCGGAAAUUCUUCUUGGCUACAGCUCUGAGAAGACCGAUGCCACGACUCUCGCCACUUCUCCUCUCACUCAAGCUGACCGCAAGGACAUCGCGGCCGUCAUUGACAAGUAUGCCAAAAAAUCGCUUCGUACUAUUGGUCUCAUCUACCGCGACUUCCCUCAGUGGCCUCCCGCGCAUGCUGAGAUGAGUGAAGAUGGUCACGUCGAAUUCGCGUCUAUCCUUAAGGACCUUGUCUUCCUUGGCAUUGUCGGUAUCCAGGACCCUGUCCGCCCUGGUGUCCCCGAAGCCGUCCGUAAGGCCCAGCACGCCGGUGUUACCGUCCGCAUGGUUACUGGUGAUAACGCCGUGACCGCACAGGCCAUCGCUACGGAGUGUGGCAUCUACACUGAUGGAAUCAUUAUGGAAGGUCCUGUCUUCCGCGCUCUUAGCGAAGCUGAGAUGGACGCCAAGUUGCCUCGUCUGCAGGUACUUGCCCGCUCUUCCCCCGAGGACAAGCGUAUUCUAGUUGCCAGACUGAAGCACCUCGGCGAGACUGUUGCCGUCACCGGAGAUGGCACAAACGAUGCUCCUGCGCUCAAGGCUGCUGAUGUCGGUUUCUCUAUGGGUAUCUGCGGCACUGAGGUCGCUAAGGAGGCAUCCGAGAUCGUUCUCAUGGACGACAACUUCACUUCCAUUCUUACUGCACUGAAGUGGGGCCGCGCUGUCAAUGAUUCAGUGCAGAAAUUUCUCCAGUUCCAAAUCACUGUCAAUAUUACCGCCGUCCUCCUUGCCUUCAUCUCGGCUGUCUCGGAUCCCGAGAUGAAGUCUGUUCUUACUGCCGUGCAGCUUCUUUGGGUCAACCUCAUCAUGGACACAUUUGCUGCUCUGGCUCUCGCUACAGAUCCGCCCACGGAUAAGAUCUUGGACCGCAAGCCUCAGCCCAAGUCUGCUCCUCUGAUCACGACCAACAUGUGGAAGAUGAUCAUUGGACAGGCAAUUUUCCAGCUUGUCGUCACCUUGAUCUUCUACUUUGCUGGCAUGCAGCUUCUGGGCUAUCCCAACACCGCCGAUGCGCGCCUGGAGCUCAGGACGAUGAUCUUCAACAUGUUCGUCUGGAUGCAGAUCUUCAACGAGUUCAACAACCGUCGCCUCGACAACAAGUUCAACAUCUUCGAGGGCGUCCAGCGCAACCAGUUCUUCAUCUUCAUCAACAUGCUCAUGGUUGGCCUCCAGGUGGCUAUUAUCUACGUUGGUGGCAUCGCUUUCGAUAUCAUGCCUGGCGGUAUCAGCGGCACCCAGUGGGGUAUCUGCGUUGGCGUCGCUGCCAUCAGCUUGCCCUGGGCUGUUCUUGUCAGACUCUUCCCCGAUGCGUGGUUCGCCACACUCGUCAGGAUCUUUGGCGGGCCAGUGGCCAAGGCUUGGCGCAUUACUCGGGGCGGCUUCCAGAAGCUUUUCCGUGUCUUCAAGAAGAAUAAGAAGAAUGCCGACGAGGAGGCAGGUGUCGAGAGCGACAAUGACAACGUCAUCGACGAGAAGCAGGUGCCGGCUCCAACUAGCAGCAACGACGCCGCUGUUGUUGUUGUUUCGCCGCCUCAUGCGGAUGCCCCCGAGAUCACCGUGUCUCCGGUCAGCCCUGCUCCGCCUGCGAUUCAGGUUGAUGACCUGGAUGCGCCGGCCGAGAAGAAGAGUGAGACUGAUAGGGAGAAGCAAUAAAUGCUUGGCCCUGUGAUGUAUACGCAUUCUUCCUUAUAUUAUCAUCGUAAUGCCCGUCCAUCCGUGUUUCUUGCAAGGCGUUCCGGCGGAUAUAGACUUUUCUGUUCAUGGGAUGUCCAACCUUUUCAUUUUUCAUCAAUGUAGUAGAUAUUAGCCGCUUCCCGGCGAUGACAAAAAAAACCACUCUUAGAUUACAUGAUUGAACGUGAGGUACGAGCCUCGAAUGUACGAAUAUACCCCAAUUGAUUCAAUU